CAUCCUGUCUGAGAGGGAGAGGCGAAGGAGGGAGAGAAUCAACAGAAGGGACUACUAGGAAGUCAAGUUUCGCCAACUUUUACGCACAGUUUUUGUAAAGUUUUAUAUUACCCUUCCGAUUUUUUUUAUCCCCCCCACAUGAUGAUGGCAGGAUGAUGGUACUUUAUGCGAAACUAAACCAAAGCUUAUUAUGCAGUUUGUGGGAGCUGAAGGGAAGGUGCGCCUGAAGAAAAGUUGUUUAAUGUUGUUAUAGACUAUAGGGAUUUUAUUCAUUUUUGUUGGCACCUUGAUUUAAAUUUUUUUUUAAAAGUCUAUCUUUAAAGUUAUAGCCUUCCUCGGCGUCAUUGGAGGCGUUUGGCUGAGGGACGUCAAUCCAGUGCCAAGUUGCUGAACAGCAGACAGAAGUUCUCCGCGUGAAGCGUUGGAUUUAUGUGAACUGAAACGAGAAGAGAAGAAGUCACUAAGGAUAUCAUCUGGAUUCCGUGAUGUACAUGUGAAAGUUUCCCCGAUCCGAAUUUAUUUCAUUCGGACAAGGGGAGACUUUAAUGGAUUUUUUAUGUGGGACCCGCUAGGAUGGACGUGGUAGAUGAAACAGAAGCGUUACAGAGAUUUUUUGAAGGUCAUGAUAUUACCAGUUCUCUGGAGCCAGCCAACAUCGACACCAGUAUCCUGGAAGAGUACAUCAGCAAGGAGGACGAUAGCACUGACAUCUGUUUCUCAGAGGUCCACAGCGCCCCGGGACCAAAUUACUCAUCUCCCCAGGCAGGAGUGUCCUCCGCUGGGGGGUUGGUGUGUGGUGUGAGCCCCCCUAUUCCACUGCGCCAAGGAGCCCCUCUACCUGGGCCCCCUAACUGUCAGAACGUCUACCCCCCAGGUCCAUCCUUGGGCCUCCGACACAACUACUCCUGCCUGGGUCAGCAGCAGCAGCAGCAGCAGCCACACCAACACCAGCAGCAGCAACAGCAGGCUCACGUCAAGCCGGAGCACAGGGGCCACUACGCUCCAGGGACACUACCUGAGUCUCCCCCAGACUCAAGCUCAGAGCCGUACUCUCCUCAGCAGGUGAAUGAUCCUCACAUGAUCAGGACCAUGACCCCAGAGAACAUGUGUCACAUGACUCCAACGCCACCCCUCCCACCACACGGGCACUACCCCAGCAUGCAUCGGGACAUGUAUCUGAAGCCUGAGCCCAUGAUAUCACAGUAUUCUAUUGGCCCAGCCACAAGUGGAAGUGGUGACAUGCAGCAGACACAGAUGCUCCAUCAGCUACUGCAGCAUCCUCAGGGGCAGGACGGCAUCCCUGUUCACCAGGCGAAGAAGAGGAAGCACUCCGACUCUCCCAACAGCACCCUCAAUUCCCAAAUCCUCACAGGUAUCAUCAAACAAGAACCAGGUUUAAUGCAGGAUGCAGACAACGCCUACCUGGACCCAAACUAUCAGUGCAUCAAAUGGCAACCUCACCAGCAGAGCAAGUGGACACCACUAUAUGACGCAAACUGCAAAGAGCUUCCGAUGCCCACCUACCGUGUUGAUGCUGACAAGGGCUUCAACUUCUCCUUGGCUGAUGAUGCUUUUGUUUGCCAGAAGAAAAACCAUUUCCAGGUCACAGUGUACAUAGGCAUGCUGGGAGAUCCAAAGUACAUCAAGACAAGUGAAGGCCUGCAGCCCAUUGACUGCUUCUAUCUCAAACUCAACGGAGUAAAAGUGGAGGCCAUGAAUCAGUCUAUCAGUGUGGAGCAGUCACAGUCUGACCGCAGCAAGAGACCCUUUAAGCCAGUGCUGGUGACCUUGCCCUCAGAGCAGGUCACAAAGGUCACAGUGGGUCGGCUCCACUUCAGUGAGACCACAGCAAAUAACAUGAGGAAAAAGGGCAAACCGAACCCUGAUCAGAGGUAUUUCAUGCUGGUGGUGGCGCUGCAUGCUCAGUCCCACAGUCAGAGCUACACUGUGGCUGCUCAAGUGUCUGAGAGGAUCAUCGUCAGGGCAUCCAACCCAGGCCAGUUUGAAAGUGACAACGAGGUGCUGUGGCAGCGCGGUCAACUACCAGACUCAGUCUACCACCACGGCAGAGUCGGCAUCAACACCGACCGGCCGGACGAGGCCCUUGUUGUCCACGGAAACCUGAAAGUCAUGGGCUCCCUGGUACACCCGUCUGACAUUAGGGCCAAAGAAAAUGUCCAGGAGGUCGACACCACAGACAAUUUGAAACGGAUUUCUCAGAUGAGGCUGGUCCAUUAUCAAUACAAGCCUGAGUUUGCUGCCACCGUGGGCAUAGAGAACACUGCAGAGACUGGAGUGAUCGCCCAAGAGGUUCAGCAAAUCUUGCCUGAAGCAGUGAAGGAGGGGGGUGAUGUGGUGUGCGCCAAUGGAGAAACUAUUUCCAACUUGUUAGUCGUCAACAAGGAACGUAUCUUCAUGGAGAACGUGGGAGCAGUGAAGGAGCUGUGUAAGCUGACAGACAACCUAGAGACUCGAAUAGAUGAACUGGAGCGCUGGAGCCGCAAACUGGCCAAGCUGCGUCGCCUUGACAGCAUGAAGAGCACCGUGAGUGGAGGCACUGUCAGCCAAUCAGGGAGUUAUUUCAGCCGAACAGGAAGCGGCCCACUCAAGAAGAAGACAGUCCGACCUGGUAGCAAGAAUUCGCUCCCAGAUCAAGGUUGCAUCAGCCAGAGGUUCAUGCAGGGAACCAUCCUGGCCCUGGUCAUUGUCAUGGCCUUCAGUGUAAUUUCCAUGUCCGUCUUGUAUGUGUUGACUCUUCACCAUAGAGGAGACGUCACAGAGAAAGACGGCUAUGUUCCUUCCUGUGUUCUCUACAUCUCUUGGAUGCCCAUCUUUACUGCCACUGUAACUUUCUGUCCACCUGUCUGCCCAUGGUCCAGAGCUGCCCUUGGAUCCUCACGUAAGAGUCCAUAUACUCCACCAUCCACCACCCCUGCACCAGCUUGCUGUUCAACUACAGCCAUAAACAACCAAUCAGCUACAGUUUUGACAUUGAGUAACAACCAGUCCACACCAGAUUUGGGCAGCCUGGUUCCCACUCCAAGCACUAUAAUUAAGAAGGCCAAGUCCAGACCAAUGGACAAAGAAGGCCGCUUUAGAAACCGUCUGAGUCACACCUCAGCACCUUUGUACUUUGCCAAGUCCAAAAGACCAGCAGACCUGGAUGGAGUGGGAGCUACCAACCGUCUGCCUGUGGGUCAGCAGCCAGCAUCACGCAGACAACGCAGCCUAUACACAAAGGGAGGAAGGUCAGCUCCCUCUCUGACUAGUCUACAUAUCGUGGAGACAAACCAAGAGAUCACAGCACAAAGUUGCGCAACACCUGAGAGCUGCAGUUACACAGUAUCACUCCAUGGAAACAGAAAUUCCUCCAUCUCACAAAUCACUUUGCACAUGACGUCCACGAACGGCGUGUGGGUACGACAAUGUGGAGCCACCAAGGGACGUUUAUGCCCCAACCACACAGAGACAGAGCUAUACGGUGGAGAGAGUACAUCAACAAAGGGGACUCAUCACCUGUGGUCAGUGCCUGUGUUGUCUUUCCAGGACAUCACCUAUCACUUUCGUGUCUCCCUGUCUAGUGAAGUGAGUUGUGCCACUGAAGGAGAAGCCUCAUCAUACUCUGACUACCAUUUUCUCAUUCAAAGCAGCUGUGUGUGAGAAGGAAGACGAUGUGUCCCAGUGCCUUUACAAUACACCACGUGUUUCCUUUGUGGUUCUAUUUGUACGCUGUUUUGAUGGGAUUGUGUUUUGUCUCAAUACUGUACAUUAUUUUUAAAGAUAUUCAUACAGAACAAACUAUAUACCACUGUCCCCACUGUAAUCCCCUCCAUAUGUAUAUGCAUUAAGACAUCUCUUUUUGCUGUGAUCACUGGAAUUUCAAACACUGUUCAAGGUUUUUUUGUUUGUCUAUCAUGUUUUAAUGUUUUAGAUCACUGUAAUUUACAAUUGUGUUGUGUCACUGUUAACUGCCACUAUGUAUGUAACAUCCAUGAGUUUAUAACUCACUUAAUUACUGAUCACUAUGUUUUCCAUACUUAUUAUAAGCCAUAAUUCAAGUUUCUUAAUGAAGUCCAGGCUAAGAUACUGUAGAUGACACUACACACAUUUUGUAUAAUGCAAUGUAUGUACACUGAAACCAGUGUCAAGUGAAAACAAAAACACUUUUCAGUAGAUUUUAUACACUGGAGAGAAGAUCAUUGGCUUCUGCUGAAGGCCUCAGUGAAUGGUUGCAACUUGCACUGGAAAUAUACCUCAGUAGUGCACACUGGCAAAUCCUGGGUCUCUACAGUGGAGCAUUGUGUUUGAGGCUGCUGAAGUUGACUGACUGUCUGCCGUCUCCUCAUGCAGCAUCUAACAUUGAAAACACUGUAUAGAGCGGGAAACACUCUGCAGUAUACUUAUCUCAAUUAUGACAUUGAAUGAAACAUCAAAUUGUUCCAUUAUAUGUUUAUUCAUAUUAUAGUAUUACACAAAAAUCCUUAUUAUCGUUUUCGUAAAUCAAGGCAUAUACAUGUCAGCAGAUUCACUGGAUGACACGCAAUGAGACUGGAUAGGUAAACAAAUCACUGGAAACGAACAUGUAGGAACACUGACAGCUUUUAGCAUCUGAUCGUGGAAAUGCCAGCUCUGACAAGAUUUCAGGAAACACUGGAAAAGCUUACACUGUAUUUUGCUAACUGGACAGAAUGCUGGUAAAGGCAAUUAAUGGCAUAUAUCAUGUCAGGUGCAUGCCCAAUCAUUUCUCUAAAAUGAUACAUCUCAGCUCAGAGGCAACUCAAAUGCUGCUUCAGCUUUGGAAAUUCCAUUUUAAUGGCUCGAUCAUAAAGCUGAGAAGGAGUUGCAUUUAUUUACUCGCACUCAAGAGAUAAAAAUUGAUUAUUAUACACUGGACUCUUUCAUGUAUUUCUCUGGAUGUUUUGAAUAUUUUUCUGUGCCUUUACAAGUAGGAAUAUGCCCUGAUAACACUUUUAAUAUAACUGAAUUGUUAAUGUUUUCUAUUAUCCUUUCUUGUUUUAAAGGCGUUCUCCACUUAUUCUCACCACCAUGCUAUUGUUGCUUUUGUUUUUAACAUUUGUUUUUAAAUCCAUAUUCCACGUGUCUGUGUUCAGAAAGAAAAAAACACAAUAGUGUAUCUCAAAUGCAAAAUCAAUAUUAAAUAGGAAGAAGUGCCAUCAGACAAACGUUUAUCUGUCAUAAUAUGAAGACACUAUACAAUGCUUUCAGUAUAAUUAUUAUGACUUCAGUGGGUAUAGUGUACUAUAUUAGCUUAUUUAUAAUGCACCAGCUAUCAUAAUGAAACCACUGUAGCACUUUUUGCACUGUAUAUAUGAACUGCUUUUGCUCUAUCCAGUGCACCAGACUGUUCAUUUACUGGUAUAUGCAUUACAUGUAACUGUAUAGCUUCAUUUUGUUACUACCAAUGCUCCUUUUUAUCCGAUGUGUUUUAUCAUAUUGUUUUUAUAGUUGAUACUUUUUUUGGUUGUUGCAUUAUCAAUAAUAUAUUAACGUUUAGCUAAUGAGCCCAGAAACUAUUGAUAAGCAUGUAAAGACACACACACACACACACACACACACACACACAAACACACAUAUUUCUGAUUCUACCCCAAUUUGUUAUGAGAAAAUGCCAUAACACUAAAACUGGCUAAGUACUUUAAUAUCACUACUUUCUCUAAGCCCAUUUUAUUAUUACAUUUUAAAAGCGUUUUAUCAAAAAUAUGCUGUAA